AUGGCUUUGAGUUUCCCCUGGAUUUAUCCCGUUCGGGUUAUCCAGGUUCUCUUCGCUAUAAUUGUUCUCGGGUUGACCGCAUACUUCAUCAGCCUACUGAAUGGCAGUGAUACUGUCAAUUUCAUGCUAUUCAAUAGUAUAUGGACGGCAUUUUUUGCUACGCCCUACCUUGCCCUCGCCCCAAUAUUCUUUCCCGACCUUGCGCACCGUUUCGUAGUACCGACUGUGGAAGCGAUCACGAUGAUCUUUUGGUUUUCGGGAUUCAUCGCUCUUGGUGCUUUGCUACCUUCUCCGGACCAUUGCCACUGGAGCGCGUGUCAUGCCGCGCAGGCAGCGACGGUGUUUGGAGCAUUUGAAUGGUAUUCCACCCUCGCUUUCAGCGGAUCUCGAACUACUUUAGUCUUCACGGUAUUGUUUGUGGCCUCGACUUUUCCUGCAGUUCUCGGCGCUCUGCGGUCCACCUCGAGUCCUGGUGUGAAGACUCCUCCUCAGUCUACUGCUCACGCUGGUGUCUAA